CGGCGUCUGUGCCGGCAGCAGCAGCGGCAACAGCAGCGGCAGCCAGCCGAGGCAUGGCGGACGCGGAGGGUGACGAGGCCGAGGCGGCGGCGCCGCCGCCCGUGAGGGACCCGGGCCCCGUCGCGGGCCCCGUGGGCUCGCAGCGGGCCGGGCCCGAGCGAAUGUUCUCCCUCAAGAAGUGGAACGCGGUGGCCAUGUGGAGCUGGGACGUGGAGUGCGACACUUGCGCCAUCUGCCGCGUCCAGGUCAUGGACGCGUGCUUGCGGUGCCAAGCGGAGAGCAAGCAGGAGGACUGUGUGGUGGUGUGGGGCGAGUGCAACCACUCGUUCCACAACUGCUGCAUGUCGCUCUGGGUCAAGCAGAACAACCGCUGCCCGCUGUGCCAGCAAGACUGGGUGGUGCAGAGAAUAGGCAAAUGAUGCCCGCGGGCAUCGUCGCCACGCGUGGACGCGAGGACGAGCAGGAGGAGGAGCCGCCCCCACCCCGACACGGAGAUUGCGCGCCGUGCUCGUGGGUAGGGCUCCAAGGCGUUGGGGGGGGGGGGGGAAAUCUCUCAGGCCAUCGCGGAGUUGAAGAAUAAACCGGAAGGAGCGAUCGGCGGUGGCGCGCGAGCCGUGGCGCGUGGGUACGUUUGGGAGUGUGGGUUGUGAAUUUUACGGGCAGCCGUCUGCAUGCUCCACGUGUUGGCACGCCGCUUGCUGCAUACGGGUGGGGGGGGGGGUCAAGGAGUGUGCGCGCCGGCUCCCCUCGCUGCGCUUACUCGGCCCCGUGGAUUUGUCUCGUUAGAGCGCGUGCAGUGGCUUCGCAGGGCCGUGCGCGGGAUGUCUCUCCGUAGAACCACUGCUCGCUGUCGGUGAAUUUGUCAGCGCUGGUGUGGGGGGCUGUCUUAGGGAGUAAAGCGUAAUGGCAUGCUGCGCACUGGCACGACUCGUAGAUUAACAUCGAUUCUCACUCCAGCGAUGCGUGCAACGGCAUUACGUGCGUGCCAAUCGAUUACUUACGAUUUACGCAAUUUAUAGGAAAAUGUUGCAUUUAGGCUGUGGUAGUGAAACUUGUUUUUUUUUUUUUACAAAUGUGACAAAAAUAGAAUGAGACACGGCACAAAAGAGACAAAAGAGACGAGGUUAUUUUUAUUGCGAUCCCAAAUUGUAAGCAUUGAACCGCACGCACGCCCGCUGUUCACCCGGUUUCCUGGGCGGCUGCCGACGCCUCCACCACUCGGCAAGGUGUCGUGCGCGCUGUUGGGCCGCUCUCCAGAUUCCUUCGCCGGUUCAGUGCUUUGCGGCAACAGCGCUCACCUCAACAGACCCCGUCAAUACAAGUUAUUCUCGACUCUCUGCGGCCUUCCCUUUGCCCGCACGCAGUCCUGUACCUUGGGUGGUGGGCACUUACAAACGAGGCCGAGCCAUUCUCGGCGGUCUCCUUACGGGACCCUGUCUUAAUCUCUCGCCUAAAUUACUAAACAUGUAAAAAAUAAAACCGUCGGCGUAAUCGGAUUGGCGCGCUAAAACAAAGCUCCUCUCACCGUCGUUUGUUUCCACGUCACCCCCCCCCAACCCCCCCCCCCCCCCACCCCGGGCUUAACGAGCAUGGUGGAACAGAACCGUUGCAAUUUCUACGUCCUCGAAUGUGCCACAAGCCAUUCCCCUGCAUGAGAGUGGUUACGUGAUGUGUGCAAACAGCAUACGCCUUGAGUGCGUCUGUGCAUGUCUAGUUUUGUUUUCUGGGAGGUCGGUGGCCGAACAGAAUCGCGAUUGUCAUGGCCAAUUGAUUGCUGCCAAUCCCACGGUUUUGUGCACAGUAUUAGAGCGUGCGAUGUGUGUGAGCUUGUCGAGAAGCAAUCUUGUAAAAAAAGAGGCUGUUACUACUGUGUAGGUUUCGCGGUUGUCCUGCGUAUCUCUCCGAAGCGUCACCCUGUUGUACCGUGUGUCGAUCGGCGCGACGGCCCGACGUUUCGCUGCACGUGCCGGGAGUUUCUUCGGCCCCUGACGCAAUUCCCCGCACCUUGAGCAAAACGUCGGACAUCGUGCCGGACAGCACGCGGUGACACUCGACAACGCCAUCGGAGAGGUUAAACGGGCUGCCGUUUGCGCACGUUGGGACGCUUGUUGAGGGUUUGCGUUUUUGUGACGAGCUGAUGCGUUGUAAUGCCGUCUGGGUGUUUGGGGCUGGCUAUGAGAGGGGGCCGCCGUGAGGGAGCGCGAUACAAGGGUGGAUGCUCUUGGUCCGGGAUGGAGCGUUUGUAAAGCUGCGUGUCACCGUGUGUGCAGAUUAUUUGCGUCGACGAAAAUAAACGUUUAAGAUGA